AUGGAAAAUAAAAGUAAUAGAAGAAAAAAUGUGGGUUCCAUGUUAUAUGAUUAUUACAAUAUAGAGACGAGAAAUAAAGUUGAUGAGUUUGAAGAAUGUAGUGAUAAUAAUAUGAAGAAUAUAAAUAAUAUAAAUAAUAUAAAUAGUAUAAAUAAUAUAAAUAGUAUAAAUAACAUAAAUAAGAUAAGCAUUGUGAAUAAUUCAAUUGAUGAUAAUAAUUUAUUUUUUGAUAAGACGGAUGAGAAGAAUGAAAAUUUAAAAGAAAAGAGUACUAUAUUAAAAAGGAGUGAUAAUGAUAAUAUUAAUUUAAGAAGUGAUAUAAAUUAUAAGAAUAUAAAUAAUGAUAUAAAAGAGAGUAAUGAAAAAAAUGAAAUGAAUAAAAUAAAUUGUAUGAACGAAUUUGAUAUGGAUUGUUCUAAUUUUAAUGUGAAUGAUUAUUUUAAAGAAUUAUUAGAAAAAUCUAGUAUGUAUGAUUUAAUAAAUAAAUCAAGAAAGAUAGAUAAAGAAAUAAAACAAAAUGAUAGUUGUAUGCAAACAUUAAUUUAUGAGAAUUAUAAUAAAUUUAUUAAUGCAGCUGAUGCUUUGGUUUUAUUAAAAGAAAAGUUUAAAUGUGUGAAAAAUAAAAUGAAUGAAAUUAAUAAUGAUUUAGAAUAUAUAGAUAAACAAUCUAAUUUUCUAAAUAAUGAUGUUUUUAAAAAUUAUGAAAAGAUACAAAAUUUAAUUGAAAUAAAAAAGUUAUUAAAUGAUAUAAAUGAAAUAAUGAAAAUACCAGAAUAUAUGUAUUCUUAUAUAUUACAAAAAAAAUAUAUUAAAUCAUUGAAAAUGUUUAUUAAGGUUAUUCCUUUUUUUCAUAAGAAUAAAGACCUUGUUAUAUUUCAAAAUUUAUAUUUAGACUGUAAUAAUUUAGCAAGCAUUGCAUGUCACUUUUUUUUGAAAAAGCUAAAUAAAGAAAAAAAUGUAAGAAAAUUACCUAUGCGGAUUAAUCAAAGUGAUACUACUAAGGGUGAUAAUAAAAGUGGUACUAUUAAGGGUGAUAAUAAAGGUGACAUUAAAUAUGAUAAUAUAUGUAUAAAUCAUUUAACUCAUAAUAAAAAUUACGAUGACAAAAGUGAUGAAUGCUUUUAUUUUUUUGAUAAUAAAGAUUUAGAGGAAUCAUUUAAAUCUUUACACUCCUAUGUGUUGUCAAGCGAAGAAGUUGCUGAGUGUUUGAAUUUAGUUUUAUCAUAUGGUAUGGACAGAAAAGAAAUAAAAAAGUUAUAUUUGAAGAAUAGAAUAAAUUGUUUAAAAUAUAUAAUGUAUCAUAUAUUUAAUUUAAAGAACCAUGGAUUUUUUGUUAUGAAAGUAGACGAUUUAAAGAGUUCUUUCUUUGAUCCUAACUAUGAAGAGAUUAGUAUUGAUAAAGAAAAUAAAAAGAAUGGUUCUAAAAAAAAUGAAGAUAAUAAGAAUAAUGAUAAUAAAGAAUAUAUUUUUUUUAACAAUAUAUUUGAAAAUAUAUUUAUAUUGUCUUAUAAGCAUUUGUUAUAUUUUUUUUUUAGUUUCUUAGAAAAUUAUGAAAAAAUAUUUAUGAAAAAAAAUAAUUUUCUGAAUAAUAACAAUGAAAAUAAAGGUUAUUCUAAAUCGUUUUUUUAUGACGAAAGAGAAUAUAAUGAUGAUAAAAAUUUACAUAAUAAUAUUGAAUAUUUAAGAUAUCUAAUUAAUAAUUUGGAUGAAUCUGUUCGUUAUAAAAAUGGGAAGAAACGAUGUGAAGAUUUUUUUAUGUCAUAUGAUAAUAUUAAUAAUAUUUAUCAUGACAAAUAUAGUUACCUUCAUAAUUCUUUCGAUUUAAAUAAGAAAUUAUUAUUAAAUGAUUUAUUCAAUAUAGAUGAUGAUAAAAAAAUUAUUGAAGUUUUAUUAGAUAUAUUUUUUAAAGUAUUAUGUAAAAUAACUAUAGAUUAUAUAUAUAUGUUUAAUCCCCCCAUAAAAUUGAUAGUAAAAUUAUUAAAAAUUUUUAUAGAUAAUAUAAAUAUUCAUAAUAAUAAAAUAUAUUAUAAAGAUAAAAUAUUAUAUUAUAUGAAUAGAUUUAUUAAGAAAAUAUAUUAUGUAUUAUUAAAAUUAUAUUUUUAUAAUUUAUGUUUUCAUAUUAAUAUAUAUAUAUAUACAUAUUUUCAAACAUGUAAUAAAAAAAAGUUAAUAGAUAUUUUAGAAAGUAGAAAUGAAUUAGCUCAUUAUAUCAUCUUAAAAUUAUGUUUAACUGUUAUGGACUUUGAACCUUUUUAUGUUCAAAUAAAAUUAGACAAUAAUUUUUAUGUGAAGCACUUUUUUAAUUUUGUAAUUAUAUAUUUAGAAUCUUUAUCAAAACAUAUUGAUUCUUUUAUAUAUUAUUUUGUGUGUGUGCAUGAGAAGGGGAGUAUAUUAAAACAUAUUAAAGAUGAAGAAAAAAAGGAAAAUAAUAAGUGUGACAAUAUUAGUAAUCCUGAUGGUAAUAAUAAUAAUAAUAAUAUUGAUAGUAAUAAUAUGGAUAGUCCUAAUAUUUGUCAUAACCAGUUCGAUAAGAAUGUUAGUAAGGAUUUGUUUUAUUUUACAUAUGAAUCUGCAGACAAUAUUAUUUAUGAAGAUAAAGAAAAUAUAUUUACACAUAAAAAUUUAUAUUAUAUACUCGAUGAAGAAAAUAUUAACAUAUAUAUUGGAACACCAGGAAGAUUACAUAAAUUAAUACAUGAGAAAAAAAUCAUCAAAUUAAAUAAUAUAUCUACAGUCAUAUUCGAUGAAUAUGAUUUCUUUUUCAGCUCAAUGAAAGUAAAAAACAAUCUUAAAAAUAAGGAAAAUGUCGUAGAAUUAGAAAACCAAUUUUUUGCAAAACUAUUAAAAAGUAUUUAUUUAAAAAAUAAAGAAGAAGAUGUACAAAAAAAAAAAAUUAUAAAAGAUACAAAUAAUAUACAACAUUAUAAAAAUAACAUCUCAGUUGUAAAUGUUAUUUGUUGUAGUGCUACGUCAGCGAUAUAUCCAUAUUUAACAUAUACAAAACAUAUUAUUACAACCAACUUUUUAAAUAAUUUAUAUUCUGAAUUUAUUAAUGAUAAAUAUAUAACAGAUCAAAAUCAUAAAGAAAGGAAACAAAUUCAAAAUGAGGAUGUUACAACAAGUGAUACUUCUAUCACAAAAAAAAAACAAGAAAUUCUAAAUAAUGAAAAUAAUAAUAAUAAUGAUGAUGAUAAUUAUAGUAGUAGUAGUUGUAGUAGUUGUAGUAGUGGUGGUGAAGAUGAUUUACAUUUAAAUCAUCAAAAAAAUAACGACACAAAACAAACAAAUAAUUCAUUUAUCAAUUAUAAAAGGGAGCAAAUCAUGUUAAACGAUUUAUUUAAAAUAAACAGUAUUGUAAAUAUGCCAAAAAAUUUAAUACACCUAAACUAUUGUUAUGAUAAAAAAAACAAAGAAAGAAAUAAUAAUGCUACAAGUAAUUUCUUAAGAGUUCUUUUUUCUAACCCACUCAACAAAAACGUUUUAGUUUUCUGCAACACCAAGAAAAAAGUGUUGGACUUAUGGAGUCUUUUCAGAAACCGAUUUGACGUUGACAUUCAGACAAUAUUUUCUCAGAAAGAUAAAGGGAAAAAGAAGAUAUUCAAGGAUAUAAAUUAUGCUAAUUUUUUUAAAAACGAUUUGAUUGAUUAUAAAAAUUUAAAAAAGUACGUCAACUUUUUAUUUAUAUCAACAAAUUUGUUAUAUAGGGGUAUCAAUUGUAUGGGUUUCACGACAAUUAUAAAUUAUGACAUGCCUUUUGACACAACAGAAUAUGUACAUAGAUGCGGACGAAUAGGAAGAAUAAACAACAAGGGGGCUAUAAUAAAUAUUUUUGAAAAAAAAAUGAAAAGAAAUUAUAACAAAGAAAUAUUUAAAAAGUUAAAUAUAAAAACAUAUGAUAUUGACUGUUAUAUGAAUAAUAUGUUUACCUUUAAGGAAAAAAUAAAAAGAUAA